AGCGGCACUAGUGACAUCUUCCCCGUCCUUCCCCAACAAAAAACACUUUGUGUGUGUGUAUGAUCCCUCCCCCUUCCCCUCCACGUAUGCCGCCCCCCCCGGGAAGCUGGGGAAGAAGCUAAGAGCUAUCGAGGACGUCGAGCCGUCUACUUAACUAGAGACCCCUCCCUGAUCUUCUGCUCUCUUACAUGUAUCCAUUUUAUUGCAAAUACCACCUCGAAACGUGAAAACCCCACCGUGAACACAUCAAUCAUCACCAGCCAUCUCUCAUCAAGCAAAAAAGAUACCUACAUCUCAUCAUGCAACCCAAAGCCGCGAUGCCCGUCCCCCAGAUCCGCCCCGCGAUACGCCACCGAGGCCUCAUCGUCGUAACCGCAGCCGUCACAGCCGUCGCCGUAAGCUUCAGAUACACCGCCCUCUCCAGGAGGACAAACGACCAGAACCAGUGCUCCAGCAAUCCGUACUACGUCAGCGUCGACCGGAGCGGCGGAGGGAUCUAAGAAUCUCUCUUUACAGGAGCGUCGUAACAAAAACACACUCCCGAUUUCGAGAAUUAAUCAAGAAGAAGAAAAAAAAAAAAAAAACCCCAUACACCCAAACGAUUACGAGAC